GAGCUGACAUCAUGACUUGUUUCCGGUAAUCACCAAACUGAGGAGAUGGUGGCCGAUGCUACCCAGAGUUUGUGUUUGCGGUACUGCAUAAUGUGUGUUAGUGACAAGCGUGUCCCUGUCACCCUGGCGUCCAUUCAAUGAUGUCUAAAGCAGCGGCGGAUAUAGCGGAUGAAGAAGCCAGGGCCUGCGGUCGGAUGCUACCGAAGGAGGAGGAGUGUGCAGCCGCGGGCCGCUUGCACGAGCUGGUGUUGCGCGCAGCCGCAGUGCAUGGCGCGAGGCCGGCGGUGUGCUGGGAGAGCGAGGCGGAAGGAGGCUCAUUGUGUUACAGCUACAGCCAGAUUACCUCUCUGGGCAAUACGCUGCAGCAAUUACUCCAUUUGCACUGCGGUAUUAACCAUGGCUAUGUGAUUGGAUUAUACUGCCAGCCUUCAGUAAACUUGCCCAGCUGGAUCUUAGGAAUUCUUCAAGUUGGGGCAGCUUUUUGCCCAAUUGAUCCAGAAAGUUCACCUCGCUUAUCAGCAUAUUUUAUUCAAAGGUGUAAGUUGAAGUAUAUCCUUAUUCAGGAAGAUAUGAUACAGAAAUUCAGGGACUCUCUAUCAACCUGGUUGUACAUUGAAGUUGAAUAUGAUAUUCCUAUGCUAAAUGUAGUACUUGUGAAGAUUCAGUGGCAGGUGGCAAAUGUGGAUUCCCUAGCUUCAGAGCCCAGGAAUGAAGAAAAUGUAAUUUACUGUAAAAUAGCAGGUUUAAGAGAAGGCAUUUUGGAAGCUGCUGAAAAGGAUAACAAAAAGCAUGCAAUAAAAUAUGCAGACUGCCUGAGGCAUGGGUUUGUGGCAUAUAUUUUACAAACAUCGGGUACUACAGGAACUCCAAAAAUUGUUCAAGUACCACAUCAGUGUAUUGUUCCUAAUGUACAGCAUCUCAAGUCUAUCUUUAAGGUUUCAUCAGAUGAUGUAAUUUUUAUGGCUUCUCCUCUGACUUUUGACCCUUCAGUUGUUGAAAUGUUUGUUGCACUGUGCAGUGGAGCUACACUGCUCAUUGUUCCCCCAAUCAUUAAAAUGAUGCCAAAGAGACUAGCCAAGGUGCUUUUUGAACAUCACAAAGUUUCUGUUAUGCAGGCCACCCCAACAUUAAUCAAACGGUUUGGAUCAGAAGUUAUGACAUCAUUAGUGCUUUCAGCCAAUACUUCACUACGUGUGUUAGCACUAGGGGGAGAAGCAUUUCCUUCACUGUGUGUACUCAAAAGCUGGCGAGGAGAAGGAAACAAAACCCAAAUUUUCAAUCUUUACGGGAUUACAGAAGUAUCAAGUUGGGCUACGUACUACAAAAUUCCUGAAGAAACCCUGUGUAGUACCACUCAGUUACAUGCAGAGCUUGUACCUUUAGGAUUCCCUCUUUUGGGAACUAUUUUGGAUGUUAUGGAUGACUCUGGUCAAGUAAUCCAGGAAGGAGAAGGACAAGUUUUCAUAGGAGGUAAAGAACGUGUAUGUUUUCUUGAUGAUGAAAUAACAGUGUGUCCAGGCACAAUGAGAGCCACUGGAGACUGGGUAAUCAUUAAAGCUGGACACAUGUAUUACAAAGGCCGUCGAGACAACCAGAUUAAACGACACGGGAAACGCGUGAGUCUUGAAAGUGUCCAGCAGGUAGCUGAAGGUUUGAAGCAAGUGGAAACCUGCGCAGUGACCAAAUAUGAUCAAGAUAAGCUAGUUCUAUUUGUAGUGCCCAGGGACAUUGCUGAACUGCGUAAAGGAGGUACCACUAAUUUCCGCAGAGAUAUCCUCCUUGAACUUGGAAAACAUCUCUCUUCCCAUGCUAUUCCAGAUGAUGUUGUCCAGAUCAAUUCAUUACCAUUUACAACUCAUGGCAAAGUAGAUCGAACGACUUUGAUUCAGACAUAUCAAGAACGGACAAAGACAAAGAAUUCAAACUACAUGCUGGGAAAAAAAGAGCUUUGGGAAAGUAUUCAUCAGCUUUGGAAGGUUGUACUCAAUCUUCCAGAAGAUCUGCCAGAUGUCUCUGAAAAUUGCAUGUUCUUGUACAGCGGAGGGGACUCCCUAAAAGCUUUGAGACUUGCAGAAGAAAUUGAGACACUUUUAGGACAAACAGUAUUUGGACUUACUGAAGUUAUUUUAAAUUGUUCUCUUCUGGACAUUUACCAUCAUAUUAACAAUACCAUAUUCUGUGAAGCUAAGAAUAAGGAGGAACUUGAUAAAAAUGACAGAAAAAUGAAAAGAAAAAGGAUUAAAGAUGAAACUCCAGGGUCUCAGCCAAAGCGGAUUGAACAGUGGCAAUUGACAGCAACUUUCGCUAACGUUACUACUAUAAGUAGAGGGAGUCAGAUCACAAAACUAAACUCUACUGUAAGUUACAAAAAUUGUGGAAAUAGUCCUGAUAUAGCAGAAGGAAAAGAGUUGAUGGAUGAUGAACCAAAUGGUAAAGAGAAGGAAGAAAAUGAUUCUUCUAAUGUGUCUGAAAAUAUGAAUGCCAGUAUAUCAUUCAAUGACGAGAAAAUGCCUGUUAAGAAUAGCUAUUGGGAAUCAUUUGCAAACAAAGUAGUAAAACCACUACACGUUGAUGGAAAGUUCAUUCCAGAAGAUCUUGUUGUCAAUUGUAGAACUGUAUCCUUGAAGAUCAGGUGGAAAUCUGACACUGCAAAAUGUGUUGAUGCAUCUCCUCUAGUGGUAAUAUCAGGGGAUAAUGGCUCAGAUGAAACUGUGUACAUUGGAUCUCACUCGCAUAGGAUGCAGGCAAUUGAUGUGCUUUCUGGAAAGAUAAAAUGGGAGAGGAUUCUUGGAGAUCGGAUUGAAUCAUCUGCAUGCAUGUCCAGAUGUGGAAAUUUUAUUAUUGUAGGUUGUUAUGAUGGUUCCAUCAGUGUGCUAAGAGAGAAUGAUGGGGAAACGCACUGGAUCUUUUGGACUGGGAAUUCAGUAAAAAGUUCUCCAGUUAUGGAUCCUGACCUAGGACUGGUCUUUGUUGGAUCACAUGACCAAAACAUCUAUGCUUUGGACAUUCUUGGUAAAGUGUGUGUCUGGAAAUUGCACUGUGGAGGAGGUGCUGUGUUCUCAACUCCUUGUUUAAAUAAAUCACCACGAAUACUGUAUAUAGCAACCCUUGGAGAAUCAUUGGUCGCUGUCAAUCCAGACACUGGGAGUGUAGUUUGGAAACGUUCCUGUGGCAAGCCUUUAUUUUCUUCACCACGGUGUACUUCACAGAGUGUGUACAUUGGUUGUGUUGCUGGUAGCCUGCAAUGUUUUAGUCAUAAUGGUGAUCAGCUUUGGCAGUUCUCAACUGGGGGCCCGAUCUUUUCUUCACCAUGCAUCUGCAAUUUUGCUGCAACAGAUCAGAAAAUAAUAUGUGGAUCUCAUGACUGUUUUGUGUACUGCUUGGAUGAAGAUGGAAAUCUGGUGUGGAAGUUUGAAACCAGCAAACAAGUAUAUUCAGUUCCAUUUGUUUUUACCAACUGUGAUCUUGAUGAUAGAACAUUAGUAGCUGUGAUCUCUACAGAUGGAAACUUAUGGAUCUUGGCUGCAACAACAGGGGAAUUGGUUGCUUCAUAUUCCCUUCCAGGCGAGGUAUUCUCUUCACCAGUCUUGUGGAAAAAAACUCUUAUUGUAGGUUGUAGAAAUAACUAUGUCUAUUGUUUGGAGAUGUCUGCACUGGAACAAAAAAAUACAGAUGGUCUUGGGUGAAAGUAAGUAGAUCCAUAAUUAAUUGCAUGUUUGGAGUUGUCGGAAUGCUUAAUUUUGGAUACUGAUUCAUUAUAAUCAGUCAAGCACAGGCAGUAGCAGUUCUUGAGCAAGUGUUACUUCCAGAGGCACUGGAAGUUUUGUGUAACUCCAAACACUGGAAAGGGUGUCAGUAACAAAAUAAACAAUUGUUUGGAAAAUCUGGGAUUACCAAACCAGGUUUUUAUUGGUUUGGACAAGAUCCUCUUAUAACUCUCUGAGGAUCAGUAGACUUAGCAAUCAUGGCUGAAAGUUAAAUAUGAUCCAUAAAAGAAGGAAAGCAACAUCCAUAUUAAAUCAAAAUGCAGAGAGAGGUUUUUUUUUUAAUUUAACCAUUAAGAAUGAUUUCAUCUAGCCCUGGUGUCUUUUAUUAAUCCUAGCUUGAAACUUCAGUUUGUGUGAGAUCUAACCUGACGACACCAUUAUUUUAUAUCAGUGGUGCUAUGUUAAGUUUUUAAGGCAGUUAAUAAAGCAGGACAGCAUUAUCAAUUAUGGUAUCAGUGAGUUAACAUUUCUAACUAUCCAACUUUGAAGAGAGAACUGGCUCCAUGUUGUUUGGCUGGGAAUUGCACAAGUCUGCUCAUUCAGUGCCUGCUUCUGAUUGUGAGAGAGAUUCAGUGAGACCUUAUAAGGUCUCUGUUUUUAUCUCUCAGUUUUGAGGAUAAAGCUGUUCAGCUUCCAACAUUAUUGAUUAUAAUCAUGAUGCUCCUAUAUUCUUGAAUGUGGGACAGACUUGAUGGUCCAGCUGGUCUUUAUUGUCUGUCAAUUUAUGUUUGUGUUAAGUUGUAAGGAUGCUGCUGCAAUAGAUACAAUCUGGAUUGUUGCAGAUUCUCCCAAAUGUCAGGUAAGAUCUGAGUAACUGACGGGGAAACUAGCAGACUUUGAAACAAAGCUCAUAUUAAUGCAUUUCGAUAUUCGGUACCAUGUUAUAAAAGAAUCUAGCAAAACAGUUAAGCUAUUUGUAUACAAAUAAAUAAGAAUUAUUUUGA